GAAACCUGAUCUGCAAAGCCCCGGUGUGCUGAAGCCAUGGGUCUGUCUGCAUCCUCCCCAGCUGCUCAGUCACCGGACGCAUCCAGGCAGUACCAGACAGCGUCUCCACCUUCAGAAUGUCCCAUGCAUCAGGAAAAAAUGAGCGGUUGUCCAAUGCACAUGAAGACUGCUGAUCAUAGAACUGAGAACGCAGAGGAUGUUCCUGCACAUCAAGAAAGAGCAUACGAGUUUGUAGCAUGUCCAGUGAACUCUGGUGCUUCUCAAGUGAGGGAUGACAUAGAUCCUAGCAAUAUGAUGCCUCCUCCUAAUCAGCAGCCAUCCCCAGGUCAGCCAUUUCCGUUGUCAACUGUUAGAGAAGAAUCUUCCAUUCCUAGAGCUCAUUCUGACAAGAAAUGGGUCUACCCUUCAGAGCAAAUGUUCUGGAAUGCUAUGCUAAGAAAAGGGUGGAGGUGGAAAGAUGAUGACAUAACAAGUGAAGACAUGACCAACAUUAUUAAGAUUCACAACCAAAAUAAUGAGCAAGCAUGGAAAGAGAUUUUGAAGUGGGAAGCUCUUCACGCUGGGGAAUGUCCAUGUGGACCAUCGCUGAUGCGGUUUGGAGGCAAAGCAAAGGAGUAUUCACCAAGAGCCAGGAUACGUUCGUGGAUGGGGUAUGAACUGCCCUUUGACAGACAUGACUGGAUCGUUGACCGGUGUGGAAAAGAAGUGCGAUAUGUUAUCGAUUACUACGAUGGGGGAGCAGUAGAUAAGAACUACCAGUUCACCAUCCUGGACGUGCGCCCCGCGCUGGACUCUCUCUCUGCUGUGUGGGACAGAGCGAAGGUGGCUUGGUGGCGGUGGACUUCAUAACUGCUCCUCUGGUGUGUAAUGGAAAAGUAAACCACUUUCCUUCUGGACAAAGGAUAAGUGAAUACCAGGACUUGAAAUAGUUCACUGCAGCUGUCAUUGUUUUCAUCAUCACCGCUGUUUUUUGCAGGGUGGGAUGGGAGGAUGGGGAAUCUGUUGUUAAGUACACCAAUGCUUUGUGGUGUU